CGUGGAUUUUGCGUGAGUUAUGUAUCAUUUGAAAUUAGCAGCUCAACAUGUCAACUGUUGGUAAUCUUAGCUUCAGUAGAAAGAAAACAGCACUCCUGGUAAACGUAUGAGACAACUAAAGCCUAAAAUUGACCCAAACCUGUGCCAAACAUUAAACCAUUUAAUUUAAAGCUAGUCAUUGAAGUGGAGCUGUUAUUACACUCAGUGAGACCUCACAUUAUCCUGCUGUUGGAGUUGUUGUUUAUGAAACAAUCAAACUAAUUUGGGGAUUAAACUCACUCACAAACAAAUAACAGUAUCCCUGUAAUUUACCUGAGAUAAUCAUGGGUAUUAUCUUGGGACAGAGACAGGGGACACCUAUAAAGCUAGGUGUUAGUACAGGUGAAAUGGCAACACUGAAGACAUAUCUGACUGGCAAAGAUGGAGCGGAUUAUCCUCUUGUGCGUGGUUUCCACCUGUAUCUCGGCCAUACAUGCUCAGAAGUUUUUAUUCAGCCCAAAAUGGGGCCCCAUCGGCUUUAAAGAACGUGAAGAGCAUGGCGAUAGGACAGCAAUGGAUGAAAUCAUAAAAGCCAAUGAGUUUCAUGCUUCUCGAAUGAUAGACGGCACUACCAGUCUCAGAGAGGGAGACAUUGCUGUUACUGCUGGAAGGCGUGCCAAAGUCUGCUUCGCUCGUAGCUGCCUCUGGUCUAAGUCAGUGGAUGGACAUGUCUAUGUUGCAUAUAUGCUCUCACCUGAUUACUCCGAAACGGAGACAAAGCUGAUAAAGAAAGGGAUGGAAAACAUAGAGAAAGGUACCUGUGUGCGGUUUGUUCCUCGGACUCACCAGCGAGACUACAUCGACAUCCAGCCAAAGUCUGGGUGUUGGUCCUACCUUGGUUCGCGUGGUGGAAGACAGACUGUGUCUCUCCAGAGCCCCAACUGCCUCCAGAUUGGAGUGGUUUCCCAUGAAUUCAUGCAUGCCCUGGGCUUUGUGCACGAGCAGUCUCGCUUUGACCGGGACAACUAUGUCACCAUCAUGUGGCCAAACAUUUGGAGGGAUCGGGUGAGGAACUUUGAGAAAUUCAAGACAGACAGUAUGGACCUACCAUACGACUAUGCCUCAAUCAUGCACUUUGGGAUGUAUGCCUACUCUCAAGAUGGAGAGCCAACCAUCGUUCCUAAAAACAGCAAGAACAUAAAGCUGGGCCAGACUUCGACUCUCAGCCACAUUGACAAGCUGAAAAUCAACAAGCUUUAUCAGUGUGGUGACGCGGAUGAUUACUAACCAAACUGAACUGAUGUGAAACAGGAAUGUACUGAAAUCUAACAUAAUAAACUGAUGCUAAAUCAUGGA